GUGCAAAAAGAGAGGAGAACGAUAAACAAACUUGUAUUUUUAUGAGUUCCCUUUCCUGGGCUUAUUUCGGAGCUGUGAUCCUUUAUCAUCAGAUGUUUUUAUUACAGAUAUCAAUGAGUGUCAGUCCGUCCCGUGUGGAUCCAACGCAACUUGUCACAACACAAAGGGAGGUUUCCGGUGUGAAUGUGACAAAGGGUUUGUCUCCAACACUGGAACACCUUCUUUCAACACCACAAUGAAUUACUGUAAAGAUCGCGACGAGUGUGAAAGCAGCCCAUGUGGCUCCAACGAAACUUGUCACAAUACGGAGGGAAGUUUCCACUGCACGUUUGAUCCAGGUUCUGCCUCCCGCAACAACACAACAAAUCACUCUGAAGACGGAUCUGGCUGCUCAUCCAAGAAUGAAACUAAAUACCCUUCAAUAAACGAGAUCAACUUUGCUGGUCAAAUGGAAAACAUAAAUAACUGUAAGGACCACACAGACUGUCACCAGCAGAUCUCGAAGCUGCUGCAAGACGUCAAGAAGCAUGUCCUGAUGCUCGCGCGCACCUUAGGUCAUGAGGAGAAACAGAAUUUCUCCUCCAGCCUGUUUGAGGUGGAAAUGCAAACAAUCCACAACAACAAAAUCCCAGAGGAGAAAAACACGAGGCUAUCCGCCGGGGGGAACAGCCUGGAUAUUUCCUGGAAAAGCGUGACAAGAAACGAAAGUUUUGAUUCUGCCUCCGUCGCCCUCAUCUCCUACAAGAACCUGGACUCUAUCAUCAACGGCAGCUUCCACAAUAACCAGACCGACCCUGCGGAUGUGGUCUCGGAUAUCGUCACCCUGGCAAUCAGCAACAACCAGAGCAAUGAGCUGCUGGAGCCAGUCACACUCACUUUGCGAAACAGACAACAGAACGUGAACAAAAGCCAACUGCAGUGCGUGAGCUGGGACCUGAAGGAGGGAAUCUGGUCAACUAAUGGCUGCGUCGUGCUGCGGGCCAACAAGACGCACAUCGAGUGCAGCAGCAGACGAGUGGCCAGCUUCGCUGUCCUCAUGGCUUUCCACGACUUGAAGGACCAUGUUCACAGCCUCAAUGUCAUCACCUUGGUGGGAAUCAUCGUCUCCCUGAUCUGCCUCGCCAUCGCCCUCUUCACCUUCAUCUUCUGCCGCUCCAUCAAGGGCGUGCGGACUACCAUCCACACCCACCUGUGCCUCAGCCUGUUCCUGGCAGAGCUGCUGUUCCUUGUGGGCAUCUCACGGACAGAGAACCAGGUUAUGUGCUUUGUUAUUGCUGGCACGUUGCACUACCUGUUAUUGGUGUGCUUCUCCUGGAUGCUGCUGGAGGGAGUGCAACUGUACGUCAUGGUGGUGCAGGUCUUCCACACAAAGAGCCUGCGGCCACGAUACAUGGUCAUCUUCGGCUACGGGCUCCCCCUGCUCAUCGUCGGGAUCUCCGUAGCCAUCUCCGAGGGAUACGUGGCCGAGAACUAUUGUUGGCUGGAUUUCAAGUCAGGGUGGCUGUGGGCUUUCGUGGCACCUGUGUGCGUAAUUAUUUUGAUUAAUGCGACAAUCUUUGUCAUCAUGGUGUACAAGCUGGCGAAGAAGUUUUCAACUCUUAACCCAGACAUGGAAAAUUUAAGGAAAGUCAGAAUGUUCACCUUCACGGCCAUCGCUCAGCUGUGUCUCCUCGGCUGUACCUGGCUAAUCGGGGUGUUCCAUUUCCAGGAUGACACCAUUGUGAUGACGUAUAUCUUCACCAUCAUCAACAGCGGCCAGGGGGUCUUCAUCUUCAUCCUGCACUGUCUCUUCAACAAGCAGAUAAGAGACGAAUACGUCAACUGCUGCACCAAUAUGUGCCGCCUGACCAAACCCUCUAAAUACUCAGAGUUUUCAACCUUUUCCACACAGGGGUUAAAGAGCACCCAGGAGACGGGAAUAUGAUGGGACGGUCGGAGCAAAGCCUUUGGAGAGGAAAGCUGGAGAGAAGAAGUGGACAGCUCCCUCUACUGAACACAUGAACUCUACAAGGCUUUGUGCCAAUCUGCUUCGUACUGAUCUGUCCAUUUGCCUGCUAUCUGCCGUAAUGGUUCCCCUCCCCACCACCCCUUGCCCCCUGUGUGGCUUUGCCAGAUCUUUGUUGUAAAUGCAGCACGAGUUCUCUCAUCCAGAGUCGCUUCAAACACUCCGUCUGUCCGUCCUCCCGACAACACGGCACAUCGCUAUCGGCAUAGGCUGUAGCUACAUCAAGGUCCAUCUUGUUCGCCUUCUACCGUUCUGUAAUCGCGGGCUACAGUAGGGGAGAUGUUGAUAUAGCUAUAGGUUAGGCCUUUUUCCGCUCUAGAUCAAAGAUAUUUCUGAGCUGACCCAUGUUAAAAGGGGUUAGCAUCAAUCGGCUGUUCCCACUGGUUGGGGAGUCCAUAACCAGUCAGUAACUAGUAUAAGAUAGUGACUAGGGGAUCUAUAAGAGAAUUUAGGAGCAACUGCUUCGCGCAGAGAGAAGUGAGAUUGUGGAACUCUCUGUCCCAAAUGGUGGUUGAAUCAGAUAGUGUAGAUAAAAUCAAGAGGAAGCCAGACCUUCAUGUGAGGGAAAGGGAAUAGAGGGGUGUGGGAGGGAGGGAGGAGCUGGUGAACAUUGGAACAUACGAAUCCCUAGAUGAAAAAAGACAAAGAUCCAUCUUGUUCGCUUUCUACCUUCCUGAUAGUCACAUGGUACAAUAAUUAAGAUGCUGAGAGCAAUUAAUUCUUAUUUUGUCGAAGACUCAUGGGUAUAAGCACUGCAUGGACUGGUUGGGCUGAGUGGCAGGUUUCCGUGCUGUAUGGCCUGCGUAAAUCUACACAUUCUGCUCCACGCACCAUGCGGUAAGCAGCCCUGUGUAUUACUCGUACUGCAAAAUGGCUGCCAAGUGGUGUGGACGGGGAGGGCUGGACGACUGCAGAAAUAAGAGAGAAUGUUGUAUUUUUAUUGUUGC